UUGGGCCUCCGGGGCUGCGGCCCCUGUCGCUCUGCGUCACGGCGUGCGUGGGUGGGCCGAGCGCUUCCGAAAUGCAGCGGGAACUGGUGAGUUUCCCGCUGUCCCCCGCGGUGCGCGGGAAGCUGGUGGCCGCCGGCUUCCAGACGGCCGAGGACCUCCUGGAGGUGAAGCCCUCCGAGCUCAGCAAAGAGGUUGGGAUAUCUAAAGAGGAAGCUCUAGAAACUAUACAGAUCGUAAGAAGAGAAUGUCUGACAAAUAAGCCAGUAUGUGCUGGUCCAUCUGUAGCAGCCAAGAAGUGCACAGCUCUGGAACUUCUUGAGCAAGAGCACACCCAGGGCUUCAUAAUCACCUUCUGUUCAGCACUGGAUAACAUCCUGGGGGGUGGAAUACCCCUAAUGAAAACGACAGAAGUCUGUGGUGUGCCAGGUGUUGGGAAAACACAGUUAUGCAUGCAGUUGGCAGUAGAUGUGCAGAUUCCGGAAUGUUUUGGAGGAGUGGCAGGUGAAGCAGUGUUUAUUGAUACAGAAGGAAGCUUUAUGGUUGAUAGAGUGGUAAGCCUCGCAACUGCCUGCAUUCAGCACCUUCAUCUCAUAGCAGGGACACACGUGGAUGAAGAACAUCAGAAAGCCUUGGAGGAUUUUACUCUUGAAAGUAUUCUUUCCCAUAUUUACUAUUUUCGUUGUCAUGAUUAUACUGAGCUGCUGGCACAAGUCUAUCUCCUUCCAGAUUUCCUUUCAGAUCAUUCAAAGGUGCAGCUGGUGAUAAUAGAUGGUAUUGCUUUUCCUUUUCGUCAUGACUUUGAUGAUCUAUCCCUUCGUACUCGAUUACUAAAUGGUCUGGCCCAACAAAUGAUCAGCCUUGCAAAUAAUCAUAGGUUAGCUGUUAUUUUAACUAAUCAGAUGACAACAAAGAUUGAUAAAAAUCAAGCAUUUCUUGUUCCUGCAUUAGGGGAAAGCUGGGGACAUGCUGCAACAAUAAGGCUAAUUUUUCACUGGGAACAAAAGCAAAGGUUUGCAACAUUGUACAAGUCACCAAGCCAGAAGGAGUCCACGAUACCAUUUCAGAUCACACCUCAGGGAUUUAGAGAUGCUGUUGUCACCACUACUUCAUCGCAGACAGAAGGCUCUUUGAAUUUCAGGAAACGGUCACGAGAACCAGAGGAAGAAUGCUGACCCAAAACUAAUGUCAGCGAAUCCAGUUAAACUGAUGAUGUGUUAUUUAGUGUAUACAAGUGGAACACAGAAGUAGUUUAUACUUUAAAAUAUGAACAGUUACUGUGGCAUGAAUGAAUCAGUUAUAUGAUGUGAAUGGAAAAAUAAUUUGCAGAAUCUUCUCCCCUGUAAAAGCAUUUUUUAGUUGUCAGAUGUAAUUGUCAUCUUGGAGACUUACUGCUGAAUAAGCUCACCAUUUCUAGUUCUCUCUGGCUGGUUUGACGCAGCUGACUGAUUCAAACUGGCUUUUGCUGGAACUGCUCUGCUUGGCCUCAUACUAACUUUGGCAGUAUGUUCUAAUCUUGUGGCUUCUCGUUCUCUGGCUCAUUCUAUCUUCACCUGUGUCUAGCUUGUCUCUACAGCCUAUCUCUGUGCAACUGUCUCACUAAAACUGCCUCUUCUCUCAUCUGGGCAGGGUGGCACACGUGUGUAGUCCCAGCACUCGGGGAGGCAGAGGCCAGCCUGGUCUACAAAUGAGUCCAGGACAACCAGGGAUAUACAGAGAAACCCUGUCAAGAAAAGAUACCAAAAACAAACAGACUGCCCCUCUCUUCCUCCCUCUGCACUGCUCUCUCAAGUCAACUCUCUUUCCUCCCUGCUCUUGAACCGGAAUAAGAGUUGAACAUCUCUUAUUCUGUCAAAUCUUUCUCUGAUUCAUCACUUUGUCUGCCGCAAUUAGAUAUCACUUUCAAAAACAUGGGUGCUUCCUUCCACAAAUUAACCUUGUCUACAUUGUUAGGGAUUAAAGGUGUGUACUAAGGACAUGUCUGCAUUCCAGCAGGAUCCCACUGUAAUCCAGGGCAUGUCUGCAUUGCCCCUGACACACCCACACUUUCCUGUGUGCACUGUGGUGCCCAUGGACUCAGAGGACAACUUUUGGGAGUUGAUUUUUCCUUCCACUUUUUUUUAAAGGAUUUAUUUAUUUUAUGUUUAUGAGUGCUCUAUCUGCAGGCCAGAAGAGAGCAUCAGAUGACAUUAUAGAUGGCUGUGAGCCACCAUGUGGUCACUGGGAGUUGAACUUGUUAAUUUAUGUGUGCAUGUGUUUAUGUGCACUGUGUCUGUGUGCUGGUGCCUGCAAACGCUAGAUGAGGGUGGUGGAUUUCCUGGAACUGGAUUACAAAAUGACAUUGAACCACCAUGAAGGUGGCUGGAACCGGAUCCCAGUCCUCUGCAAGAGCUAAAAAUGCUCCUAACCCCUGAGCCAUCCCUCCAGCUCCUCCACCUUGCCUCUGAGGCAGGGUUUCUUCUGUCGUUUCACACUCCAGCUCUACACACUUUGACUGCUCUUUGUGUUUUUGACUCCUAUCUCACUAGGAACGCUGGGAUUACAAGUGUGUAGCAAUGCAUGUGAACUAUGGGGAUAGAACUCAGACUGCUGGGCUUGCAUACGAGUGCUUUUUCCACUGAGCAUCUUUGUGGCCCCUCUAUCUUGAAUUUUAAGAAAAAAAUUUUACUGAACAUGGAGCUCAUUGACUGAGAGGGCUGCCUGUCUCCCCACCAGCACUGAGGUUAGCAGAUGUGCUGUGCCACACCAGCCUAAUACAGGGUCCUCAUGCUGCAUGUCAGGUGCUUUGCCCACUAAGCCAUUUCUCUGGCUCCUGAAAAGAUUUUCUAAGCACUGUUCUAUAAUCACUUUAAUGUGUUUUUAUUUUGAGUAAUGUGGAAAGCUGACCUCAUGUUACCUAUUUGUAGCUACAAUCCAGACUGGAAAUUUCCUUUUGUCAGUUACCUAAAAAAAAUAAUAGGAAUAAAACACUAUAAGACUUUUUUAAGUAUAUGUGUGUAUAUGUCUAUGUGUUUGUCAGCUGUGUGGGAGUCCUCAAAGGUGUUUAGAUUUAGACCCAGGACAAGUGGCUCAAAGUGGACCUGGCCUCCAGGUUCUCCCAGCAUCCCUUAGUCCCUACCUGUUACAGGGCAUGGCUAGCAUACCCACCCUCUACCCUGAACUUUGUAGGCUGGGGACUGGGCUUCCUGUCCCCCAGAGGCAUGUCACUAUAUAAUCCAGACAUUUUGGUUCUCUGCCUCCGCAUUUCUCGCUCCGCACAUGCUCAUUCUUAAUCUUUCCCCUCCCCUCCAUCUUCUGCUUGGUUACUUCUGAAGCUCUGUUCUUUGACCAAUAAACCCACCAGAGAGCUGCCCUAAAUAAACCUGCCUUAUUUGGCUUGAAUUGCCUCAUUUUUUUUCAAUGGAGAAUACCUAUCGAAAGGCUAGAAGAGGGUACCCUAGAGCUGGAGUUAGGUGUGUUUGGCUGCAUGAUACAGGUGCUUAAGAGAUGAAUGCUGAGUCACCUCUCUAGUCCUCAUUUUAGUAUUAUUUUUAAAUGUAGUUUUGGGGGUCUAGAGAGAUGACUCAGCAGUUAAGAGCAACUGCUCUUUCAGAAGACCUGGGUUCAGUUAACACCCACAAGGUGGCUCACAACCAUCUAUAAUUCCAGUUUCAGGGGACCUGACCUGUCCUCCAUGGAUAACAAGCAUGCAUGUGGUAUGCAUACAUAAAUGUAGGUGAAACACUUAUACAAAUAUGAAAUAAAUUUAAAAAUGAACCUUAAACGUAGCUUUUUAGUGAGUCAGCAUAUCACUGUUUAGUUAGGUGGGUUGGUUUAUUGGCUAGUUGUAUGUAUAUGGUAGUUUAAAUGGGUAUGGCCCCCAUAGACUCAUGUGUUUGAAUGCUUAGCCUACAGGGAAGGGCACCAUUAGGUGUGGCCUUGUUGGAGGAAGUAUGUCACCGUGGGGUUGAGCUUUGAGGUCUAUGCUCCAGCUACACCCAGUGUGGCACACAGUCGUCUGCCUGUGGAUCAAGAUGUAGGUCUCUCAGCUCCUUCCCUAGCAGUGUCUAGCCAUGACGAUAAUGGACUAAACCUCUGAAUCUGUAAGUCAGCCCCAAAUUAAUUUUUUUUUCUUUAUAAAAGUUGCUGUGGUCAUGCUGUCUCUUCAGAGCAAUAAAACCCAAACUAAGACUGUAUGUGUGUAUACCUUACUGUGUAGCCCUGGCUGGCCUCAAAUUCAGAGUUUACCUGCCUUUGCCUCUAGGAUUAAAGGUAUACAAUACCACGCCUGGAUACUUCUCACAAAUUUUAGUUGGCAAAAUCGGUUUUGUUUGUCAUUUUAAAGGGAAGAUGUUGUAGCUGAUUAGGUGCUUUUCAAGUGUGUGCUUUUGAAGUUUUGAGGUACUGUCAAUCAAACAGGUUAUC